UCUUUGUCGGGGCGACUGGUUUGGGUACCUUUGCGAAGGUUAAAACCCGAUUGGGUAUUACAUCACGAACAGCUCAUACUGCCCGUAAGCAAGUUAACCAGAGAACAACAAUCUCAGGCAAGAAAUUUCACGGUCUAUGUGAUUAAUCCAUCGACUAUCCAACAACCCGAUUCCUUUGGCAUUUCUCAGUGAAUUCAAGGGUCCUCGGAGGAAGGCCUCAAUUCAAUUCCUUUCCCCAUUCCCCCAAUUGAAGCCCAACUCGGAAACGGUUUCAGUACAUCGUUUAGUGCUGAUUAUAUUCAGUACAAGUGUCCAAGUGGGCGAAAACACUGGAAUUAUUAGGUUGCCUGCUCCGCCUUGAUCUUGAUUGUUGGUUGAAAUCUUGGAAAUUUUGUGAGGUAAGUGGAUAGUGAUGACUGAAGAUUAGGGGGAAUGGUCCUGGGAUUGAUGCAACAAAAUGAGCCGAUCCCCUUCAUUUUCUGUGAAGUCAGAAGUUAAUGUGAAGUUGGAUCCAGAAUCUCUCCAAAAAUGGGUUGUGGCCUUUUGCAUUAUUAGGUUUGAUCUUGAACAGGGUCAACUCAUUGAGGAGUGCUACCCUCCAGGCGUUCUUACACAAGAUGAGGAACUUGAAGUUGCAUUUAGUUCAUUUCCCGAUUCGAUUUCGCAGCAUCAGAACCGGUCAAGUAUACAUGAUUGUAUAUUCUUUUUCCGGGUUCGAAGGAAGGAAAUUUCUCAACCAAGAAAUGUUUCUUCUUCUGAGAUAACUGAAAUGGAUGACUCGAAACUUCCAAGAUCGAAAAGCAGCCUUGCUAACAAGUCCAAGUUCAUGUAUGGUUUUGUUUUUAAUAGGCAGAGACAUGAUGAGAGGCUAAGAAGAGGUGGAGAGCAGAAGUCUGUGGUUAUUUUAUCUCAUAGUCCUUAUUCUACUGUCUUCAAACCUCUGUUGCAAAUCAUGGGUCCAUUAUAUUUCGACAUCGGGAGUAGGGCUCUUGAGCAUAUUGCUGCUUGUGUUUCAAUGUGGCCUGCUCCUAUAACUGGUAAACAAAUGGAGCUUCCUAUUGGAAAUGCUCUGCUUAAAGCACACUUGCCACCUGCUCAUAGUUUGCCAAUGGAUGGCGAGACGUUUUCGAAAGAGUCUACAUCCUCUAUGGCUCCUUUUCUUCCUAAUAAUCAGUCUGUUCCGCAGGGUCUUUUCCACGAUUCCGAUCUCUUUGGUACAUUCCGGGGUCUUCUUCUGCAGCUCUGGCUGUUGUGGGAGUUGCAACUUAUUGGUGAACCCAUCCUAAUCAUUGCACCGACGCCUCCCCAGUGUUGUGAAGCUGUUGCUGGUCUUGUUAGUUUGGUUGCUCCUCUUCUUUGUAGUGUUGAUUUUAGACCUUAUUUCACCAUUCAUGACCCUGAGUUUUCAUACUUAAACACACUUCAAGAGGGAGCUACUUUCCCCCCUAUGGUUUUGGGGGUGACAAACCUCUUCUUCCUUAAAGCCCUUCGUAGUAUUCCUCAUAUUGUCUCAGUUGGAAACUCUACUGCGAAUCGGCUUCCCCAGACAUCCAGGUCCUCUUCUGGCAGUGUUUCUGGUACUCCUGAAGGGUUCGGAUUUCGGCAGCUGUCCUUGAAAAAAUUCUCUCCGACAAACUUACUAAAUGCUGUGAAGUUGAGGAGAGAUGGUCCUCUAAGCCUCAUGACAGAACAUAAGGAAGCCAUCUGGAGCACUUAUCCUGCAGCAAUGAAGCCAGACACAUCGAUCUUGAAUCGGCUUAUUGACGCUGGCUUAUCACCGAGGGUUGAGGAGUCCAUGUCUGUUGUUAACAAUGAGAUUUUGCGUCGACACUUCCUGGAACUUACGACCAACUUUUUGGCUCCUUUUGGGCCAUACUUUCGAACCACCACACCUUCAGAAGGAUCUUCUCCAUUUGAUGAGCCUUCUCGCCCUCAAUUUAGUGCUGAUGAGUUUCUUGCCAAUCUAUCAACAAGAGGACCAGGAAAAUUUCUGGCCAAGCGAAUGAGAUCUAACUGGCUGGACUUGUACAGGCGGUUUCUCAAAGGACCAAACUUUAUGCCUUGGUUUGAAAGAAGGCGUGCGGUUGCCGAACAAGAACAGCAUAGACUAUGGAGGCAAGCAAGAAUCAAUGCCGAUGUACCACGGCUUAUAUCUAAAAUGCCCGAGUUGGAAGUUGUCGACUUAUUUAACGCUAUUGAAAGACAUCUUCUAAGAGAAAUGGAGCUGCAGGAAUCCAGAAGGGCUUAUGUAGACUCUGUGACAAUUUGCCAGAAACUGAAAGGCGAUCUGCUGACUGUUUUUAAUGUGCUUCCUAAGGACAUGCAACAGCUUUUGCUUCUUAAUCCACAAAGAGCAUCGCUUCUCCGAGGAAGUCCCGAAGUAACGAAACUUCCAGGGCGCCCGCUUGUACAAGUUGGUGUUAUAUCACCAAGAUAGUACUGAAUACGUGUUAUGAGUCAAGUAGCCUCAGGCAAAGGAGCUUUCUUCUGAUUUUUUAGAGACAGCACUCGCUGGUUUGUUCACUUCAUCACUGGAUGGGUAGAUUUUCCCUGAUUGUGACUGCUGCAACUGUUUUAAUAGAUGACCAAGGAUGGUAGAUUAUGGCAGUGGUGCAACAUUUUAGGCAUCCAACUUGAGAAUAUCUGCAACGUUCUAUGAACUUAUGGAUCAUAAAAAAGUUCUUCCAUUCCAGGACAUGAUAGUGUUCGCAUUUUUUAUUAGAAUUUCUGAUUUUGUACUGUCUUCAUUACUUCAAAGGAAGCAUAAUGUCAACAUGUAAUAUGUAACUUAUAUUUUUGUACUGAGUCAGAUCCAAAUUUUAUUAUGUAGAUGUAAAGUUGAAGCAAAUAAUUUCGGUUCCAAAAAUCUGAGGCUGUUGCAAGGGAUGUUACCAUCGUAGUAUUUCUUUUAAGAUGUUUUAAAUGUCAAUUGUUGGAAGGAAUGAUCAA